ACGGGAGGAGCUGACAGCCGAAGUAGCGACAGGUGAAUGAUUUACAACCUCCACUUUUCACCUGUACACACUAAAUUAAUUAAUGAAACUGAAAGCGAACCUGUUGAGCUGUUUCUGACAGCGAAAACAAACACUUUGGCACUGAAAGCUUGGCCAAAAGGACGGAGACCGUUUCGGAAGAGAUUUGAUUAGCAGGUCCAUCGCAGGUACAGCAGCAACAGAAAAACACAGAAAUCAUGCUGUCAGCAGAGGACAUCCUUAGCAGCACCCAGCAGGUGAUAGCAGGACUGGAAGCUCUGAGAGGAGAGAACCGCAGCCUGCUGGAGAACCUGCAGGGUGCGAUGGAGAGCAAGCUGGAGUCUGAGAGCGGCUGCGUUGAGCUGGAGAAGACUAGCAUCAUCCGAAAGUCGCUGGAGAGGAUUGAGUUGGGUCUGAGCGAGGCGCAAGUGAUGAUGGCGCUGUCGGCUCAUCUCGGUUCGCUGGAGGCAGAGAAGCAAAAGCUACGAGCUCAAGUACGUCGUCUUGUUCAGGAGAACCAGUGGCUGAGGGACGAGCUGGCCAGCGCUCAGCAGCGGCUUCAGGACAAGGAGCAGGAGGUGGUGACCCUGGAGGAGCAGAACAAACACCUGCAGUUCAUGUCCUCCAUACGCAGAUACGACCAGGACGAGCCUCCUCUGGAUGAAAAAGAAACUUCCUCCAACAAGGAGUCUCUGGAUGAUUUAUUUCCUGCAGAGGAUGAGGAACAGUCCCAGAUCUCGCAGCCUCACCACAGCAGCGCGGCGGCUGCAGCACAGCAGGGUGGCUACGAGAUCCCCGCCCGCCUUCGGACGCUCCACAACCUGGUCAUCCAGUACGCAUCUCAGGGUCGGUAUGAGGUCGCCGUGCCGCUCUGCAAACAGGCUUUGGAAGACCUGGAGAAGUCCUCAGGCCACACCCACCCAGACGUAGCAACUAUGCUCAACAUACUGGCUCUGGUGUAUAGAGAUCAGAACAAGUACAAGGAGGCGGCUAACCUGUUGAACGAUGCGUUGGCGAUCAGGGAGAAAACACUCGGGAUGGACCAUCCGGCUGUGGCAGCGACACUUAACAACCUGGCUGUGCUUUAUGGUAAAAGAGGAAAAUACAAAGAGGCUGAGCCACUUUGUAAAAGAGCUCUGGAGAUCAGAGAGAAGGUUCUGGGUACAGACCACCCCGACGUGGCCAAGCAGCUGAACAACUUGGCCCUGCUGUGUCAGAAUCAGGGGAAGUACCAGGAAGUGGAGCAGUACUACGAACGCGCUCUGCACAUCUAUCAGAGCAAACUGGGACCAGACGACGCCAACGUGGCAAAGACCAAGAACAACCUGGCCUCAUGUUAUCUGAAGCAGGGAAAAUACAGACAAGCUGAAGCUCUCUACAAAGAAAUUCUGACCAGAGCUCAUGAAAAAGAGUUUGGAUCUGUGGAAGGUGACAGUCGUCCUCGCUGGUCCAGUGUGGAGGAAAGUGGCUCCACAUCAGAAGGACUGAAGCGCAGCAGCUCCUUCACCAAACUCAGGGAGUCGAUACGUCGGAGUAGCGAGAAACUGGUGCGCAAACUUAAAGGAGUCGGAGUUGAGGAGAUGACCCCGAGGAAUGCUGGGAUGAAGAGAGCGAACUCCCUAAACGUGUUGAAUGUUGGAACCAGAGAAAAUCUGGAUGGAACCCAGUCAACUCAGCUGACCGACAGUCGAGGCUUGAGCUGCAGCACGCAGAGUCUGACCAGAAGAGGCUCACUGGGUGGGACCAGCUAACACAAAAAUGACGCACAAUUCAUUUAUAUUCAAGAAAAACUGAAGGGAUCUUUUUAAAACUUGAAAGAGGUAAAAAAACGCUCUUCUGAUUUAUCAUCGAGAGGAAUCCCCACGACGAGUCUACAAAAGAAGAACUGAGAAGGUUGUUCUAAAACAGCCGAUAAAGAAGCACAUUUGCCGGUUUAGCUUUGACUCAUUUAACAGAUAUUUGUAGUGGGUUUGAUGAUGAAAACAUGAAAAUAGAUUUUAUAGCCACACUUUAGGGUGCUGCAACACUGGACUAAGGCUGAACCAGAACCGGACUGGCCUGCAGGCUCAUGGUGUGAUGUGGAGCAUAGGAGCUACCGAUAGAUUUUAAAACUUUCCUUUUAAAGACUUAGACUUAGAUUUAUUUUGUCAUUUUGCAUACACAAGUGUAUACAAAAAGAAAUAGUUUAAAACAGCUCUAGAAUUUCAUUUUUUUGAGGUGCAGCCUAGAAAAAAGAACAAAGGUGCGACAUUCAACAAGUUUAAUGGCUGAAACAAAGCAACACAAACCCAACUGUGAGGAUCAUCAACCAGCUUUAAGACACUGGAUGCAGCAGACUGCAAUUUAAACCAUUUAUUUAAACCUACCUUAUGCUGAUUGCAUUACUUACUCUAAACAACAGGUGUCUGAUAAUACGUUCACACCGGAUGCACUUUUGGUAGCAAAAAAAAAGCAUCUGCUUCUUCAUUUUUGAUGCUUGUACACAUUAAGGUCAGACGCACCUCCAGAGCAUCCAUGAUGCUCCUUAAGUGCGUCCAGUAAAGUCUGCCAGGUGCAUCUGCUGCUUCUGUGUUCAAUGGCAGAGAGCAGCUUUGCUAUAUUUGCUGUUAUAAGUAGGUAAAAAGUAGUUUUAAUAUGUUUUUAGGCGAGAAAGUUCACCUCAAAACACCGUCUGUGCAGUCAGUUCAUCAAGAUGACGAUCCUGCCUUGAAUUAUUAUUUUGCUGACGCUCAGAUCCCCACAUACCGGCGGUGCGCCAUCACUGGGAAUUCCCAGCAGCAGCUGGGAGGUUUCCUCUACUGUUAGUGUGGUCUGGAAGCAGAUGUCACAUCCUUCGCUCCGCCCUGCUGCGCUCCAGGUCUCCUGUUCAAAGCAAAGCCUACAGGCUCCGCUGUUAUUCCCGUCUUGCUCUGCUCCGACUUCCUCUCAUCUCGAGGAGAGCAUGUGCUAUAAUAUUAUUAAAUUCAUAGGAGCAAAACGUGGAAAUGAACGAUGAAUUUAAUAUGACUUAUUUAAAAAAUCCACAUCAGCAUCCAUAUGUGUGCAGUUUCUGCCCAAAUUAUUUCUUUUUGUUGUGGAUUUUUGUAACAGGGAUAACAAGGAUUAUACAGAAUAGUUUUUUAUGGCCUAUGUCUGUUAUCAUCUAAAUCAAAAUAAAUAUUUUGAUUUAGAUGAGAAAUCUGCUUCCUUGUAUGUUGAGGUAACAGCAGUUUAUAUCCAUUAAUGUAAUUAAACUUAACUUUUUGGAAAUUUAUAAGAAUUAUGCUCUAAUUUGUAGUUACCAAUCCAUUGUUACUAUAUUUUAUUUUGAUAAAUCAAAUCUUCUCGCCGUUCUUUUUCCUGUUUGGUGUGAUUAUAAUUCCGGAUCUUGACCUAGCCGGACUAGAGCAGUUAAAUAUAUCUCUGCUCUGUAUUUUGAUGUGCGGAAGAGUAGCGGAGGAUGUGGAACUGUUCUCAUUGAUUAACCUGACAGACAAGUAUUACAGAGUAUGUGGAAUCUGGGGGGUAGUGUUUCUAAGGUAUGUGGUACAAACUGCAGGCACCAGAAUAAUAAAACAGAUUUUGCCGGCAGGUUUAGACUUUUAUAAGUUAAUUUAGACGUUAUUAAACUGUUUCAGAGUCAUGGUAAUAGCGAUCUGCAGGAGCAGCGCUGUCUGUUUCCCUUCCAGCUCCCAGAUCAGCUUCCCUGAUUGGUUCUUAUCGUGCGUCGAGCAGCAAAAGUAAAAUUUUUCCAGCAGCUGCUGCUGGUGAAGCGCAUCACAUGCCUCAGCUGCUCAGAUGAAUCAAGACUCGCUGCUCCUGCUGCUCAAAACGCGCUGCAUUACCUUUUCAUGCGCCUUGAUGUGCGUCAACCAUUGCCUUUGCAUGUAAACCUGCUCCAUCUGCUGCUUCAGUCGCGUGCGGUGUGAACGUAGCAUACGAAUUUACAGACUUUUAAUAUUGCAAACUUUUAUAUUCUUAAAGAAUCUUUCCACAACAAAAUCUUUAAAACGAGUUGAAGUAUGUCUUCAUUUCUUUUUGUAGUUUUUAUUCUGAUCUGUAAAAGUCAGUUUUAACAGAAAUUACUUAAGAUUUUAAACACUACUUAACUUUUAAAAAAGGAUCUGAUGUCUGAUGACUUUUCAUUCUUUACACAAACCAGAAAAAUCCUAAUUAUGGAAUACGUUUUGUCUAAGGAUGUAUAUAUUAAAAAAAAACUAUUUAUGAAGUAGAUUUUUAUCAACUUUAAAGCAAACUCUCAGUUAUAUUUGAAGAAACUUUGAUUUUGGGCUUUAUACAUAAAAAAGUUUCUAAGAAUGAAGUUAAAGGAGUGAACUAUUGCAGUGAUUUCCAUAUGAUGAAAGGUGUUGCUUUUAAAACAUGGAGGUUUUUUAAAUCGGAAAAUCUUUUUUUGUUUCUUUUCUUUAUUACAGCUGACAUAUCAUCAGAAUAUGGAUCAAUACGCACAUCUAGCACAUCUAUGAUGCUAGGCUCACCGUAGAGGUGUUUACAAACUCUACAUGUAAAAACAUUCCAGAAGAAAUCUCAGGAUAUCGUAAGUUGAAAAACUGAUGAGAAAUACCGGUAGUUUUUAUGUCAUGCAAACCUCAGGCUUCACAGAGAGGCUGAGGGUAGAACAACUCUAGACAUAAAUUAAUUUGUUUGGGGCGUAAAUCAUGAAAACCACUACUUAUUAUUAGUAAACAGGGAGACUCACUGAGUCUUUGGACAAUUUGUAGCUGAUGAAGGUGGAAUUUCCUCUGGACCUGAUAGGAACAUUCCUCUAAGAUCACUGGAUUUUAUUUUACCACUAAUGUCUUUGGCAGAAUUUGUUGUUUUUUUGUUGUUGAAGAAACACUACAGCAUUUUAAUUAAUGUAGCUCUGCAGUUCUCCAUAGAGGUGAAGAGGUAGAGCAGAGGUUUGAUAUAUGCAGAGGUUACUAGUCUUACAUGCAUUUAUCUGUGAUUAAAUUCCCAACCUUUGGGUUCAUCUCUGCUUCGUCUCUUUCUGGAUAAUGCAGAAAAAAUUAUAAAAAUUGCCUCCUCAGUUGAGUUAUUUCUAGCAGUCACAGUCUCACAUUCUUAUUAUGCAAACUGAAGUGUUUACAUUUAAAAACUUAGAUUGAAAACUCCAAAGAAAAGCCAGAUGUUCAUCCUGAUGAACGGUUCCAAUCAGAGAAGCCGACAGAUACCGGGGUCGUAGGUCGAUUCUCAGUUUUAGCUUUGUGAAGGUUACUUGAAGUUUAUAGGUCAAACCAGCACUGAAAAGUUUCUGCAGCCUGGAUAGAAUCACACACUACUCAUUCUCCCCUGGUCAGAUCUUUCCUAUCGGUACGUUUGCUGUGUAUUUAGGGGAGUUGAAGUCAUACUGUUAGGAACAAUUAAUAAACACACAUGUAGGAUUAAAACUGAAGAUGUUUAUUACGGUAAAGAAGAAUGUUUGUUUUAUAUCUGUUUUUUGUUGUCAUGGGUUAUCAGUGGAUUAAAUAUAAUUUAACUGACAGAUGUGUUUUGAAUUUAUUUAAAAGCAUUUGUAUCAUGUAAAGUAGAAUCCUGAUGUUUUAUAAUGAGUGAUCUACAGUCAUCAGAUUUGAUCAGAAGCACAGGAUUACACUAGAGU